AUGUCGUUCGAUGAAGCAGCUGCCAAGGUGAAGACGUUGAAGUCAUCACCAUCAAACGAUCAAAUGCUUGAACUGUACGCGUUAUUCAAGCAAGGCACAGUCGGCGAUAAUAACACUGAAAAGCCGGGGAUGCUGGAUAUGAAAGGAAAGGCGAAGUGGAGUGCAUGGGAUAGUAAGAAAGGAAUGAGCCAAGAAGAUGCCAAAGCAGCGUAUGUGGAACUGGUGAACAAGCUAGUCGCGGUCAUUGGUGUAGCAUAA